GUGUGUGACACCGAGACCGGCGGCGGCAGCGGCAGCGAGAGGAGGCGGCUCCCGAGCAUCCCUCCCCGGCGGCCGCUACUGUUUCCUAACAUCACCUGAAAAUCCAGAGCCAUGACCACUCACGUCACGCUGGAAGAUGCCUUGUCCAAUGUGGACCUGCUGGAGGAGCUACCGCUGCCAGACCAGCAGCCAUGCAUCGAGCCACCUCCCUCUUCCAUCAUGUACCAGGCUAAUUUCGACACAAACUUCGAAGACAGAAAUGCCUUUGUGACCGGCAUUGCCAGGUACAUCGAACAGGCUACAGUGCACUCUAGCAUGAAUGAAAUGCUGGAGGAAGGACAUGAGUACGCAGUGAUGCUUUACACUUGGAGGAGCUGCUCUCGGGCCAUACCCCAGGUGAAAUGUAACGAACAGCCGAACCGGGUGGAAAUUUAUGAGAAGACUGUGGAAGUUCUGGAGCCAGAGGUCACCAAGCUGAUGAAGUUCAUGUAUUUCCAGCGCAAGGCUAUCGAGCGGUUCUGCAACGAGGUGAAGCGCUUGUGCCACGCUGAGAGAAGGAAGGAUUUUGUCUCCGAGGCCUAUCUCCUGACGCUGGGGAAAUUCAUUAAUAUGUUCGCCGUGCUGGAUGAGCUGAAGAACAUGAAGUGCAGCGUCAAAAAUGACCACUCUGCCUACAAAAGAGCUGCCCAGUUUUUGAGGAAGAUGGCUGACCCGCAGUCUAUUCAGGAAUCCCAGAACCUCUCCAUGUUCCUGGCGAACCACAACCGGAUCACACAGUGUCUGCAUCAACAGCUGGAAGUUAUCCCUGGCUACGAGGAGCUGCUGGCGGAUAUUGUCAACAUCUGUGUGGACUACUAUGAAAACAAGAUGUACUUGACGCCCAGCGAGAAGCACAUGCUCUUAAAGGUGAUGGGCUUUGGUCUGUAUCUGAUGGAUGGGAAUGUCAGCAACAUUUACAAACUGGACACCAAGAAGAGAAUCAAUCUUAGCAAAAUAGACAAGUUCUUCAAGCAGCUGCAGGUGGUUCCUUUAUUCGGCGAUAUGCAGAUAGAACUGGCCAGAUACAUUAAGACCAGUGCUCACUAUGAGGAGAACAAAUCCAAGUGGACGUGCACUCAGAGCAGCAUCAGUCCCCAGUACAACAUCUGUGAGCAGAUGGUCCAGAUCCGAGACGACCACAUCCGCUUCAUCUCGGAGCUCGCUCGCUACAGCAACAGUGAGGUAGUCACCGGCUCGGGGCUGGACAGCCAGAAGUCAGAUGAGGAAUACAGGGAGCUCUUUGACUUGGCUUUACGGGGGCUGCAGCUGCUCUCCAAGUGGAGCGCCCAUGUCAUGGAAGUGUAUUCUUGGAAGCUGGUACAUCCCACCGAUAAGUUCUGUAACAAAGAUUGCCCAGGCACCGCUGAGGAGUACGAGAGAGCCACCCGGUACAACUACACCAGCGAGGAGAAAUUUGCCUUUGUGGAGGUAAUUGCCAUGAUCAAGGGUCUACAAGUGCUGAUGGGCCGGAUGGAGAGUGUCUUUAACCAGGCCAUCAGAAACACUAUCUAUGCAGCCCUGCAAGACUUUGCCCAGGUGACUCUCCGGGAGCCCUUGAGACAAGCAGUCAGGAAGAAGAAGAACGUCCUGAUCAGUGUCCUUCAGGCAAUCCGGAAGACGAUCUGUGACUGGGAGGGAGGUCGGGAGCCCCCUAAUGACCCCUGCCUGAGAGGCGAGAAGGACCCCAAAGGUGGAUUCGAUAUUAAGGUCCCUCGACGAGCAGUGGGUCCAUCAAGCACACAGCUUUACAUGGUGCGGACCAUGCUGGAGUCGCUCAUCGCAGACAAGAGCGGCUCGAAGAAGACCCUGAGGAGCAGCUUGGAUGGGCCGAUAGUCCUGGCCAUUGAGGAGUUCCACAAGCAGUCCUUCUUCUUCACUCACCUUCUCAACAUCAGCGAAGCCCUGCAGCAGUGCUGCGAUCUGUCCCAGCUCUGGUUCCGAGAAUUCUUUCUGGAGCUGACCAUGGGCCGUCGGAUCCAGUUCCCCAUCGAGAUGUCCAUGCCCUGGAUUCUCACGGACCACAUCCUGGAAACCAAGGAACCCUCCAUGAUGGAGUACGUGCUGUAUCCCUUGGACCUAUACAACGACAGCGCAUAUUAUGCCUUAACCAAGUUUAAAAAACAGUUCCUAUACGAUGAAAUUGAAGCUGAAGUGAACUUGUGUUUUGACCAGUUUGUGUACAAGUUGGCAGAUCAGAUCUUUGCCUAUUAUAAAGCAAUGGCUGGCAGUGUCUUACUGGAUAAACGUUUCCGGGCUGAAUGUAAGAAUUAUGGCGUGAUUAUCCCAUACCCGCCGUCCAAUCGCUACGAGACGUUACUCAAACAGAGACACGUCCAGCUGCUGGGUAGAUCAAUUGACCUGAACAGGCUCAUAACUCAGCGUAUUUCAGCUGCGAUGUAUAAAUCGUUAGACCAGGCCAUUAGCCGCUUUGAGAGUGAAGACCUGACCUCCAUUGUGGAGCUGGAGUGGCUCUUGGAGAUAAAUCGUCUGACACACCGGCUGCUGUGUAAGCACAUGACUUUGGACAGUUUUGAUGCCAUGUUCCGAGAGGCCAAUCACAACGUCUCUGCCCCUUAUGGACGCAUCACCCUGCACGUCUUCUGGGAGCUAAACUUUGACUUUCUACCCAACUACUGCUACAAUGGCUCCACCAACCGGUUUGUACGGACAGCGAUUCCAUUCACCCAGGAACCACAGAGAGACAAGCCAGCCAACGUCCAGCCGUAUUACCUCUACGGAUCAAAGCCACUGAACAUUGCCUACAGUCAUAUCUACAGCUCCUACCGCAACUUCGUGGGGCCUCCUCAUUUCAAGACAAUCUGCCGGCUCCUAGGCUAUCAAGGGAUCGCAGUGGUGAUGGAGGAGCUGCUGAAGAUCGUCAAAAGCCUGUUACAGGGCACCAUUCUGCAGUAUGUGAAAACAUUGAUAGAGGUGAUGCCCAAGAUAUGCCGCUUGCCAAGACAUGAAUAUGGAUCUCCAGGAAUCUUGGAGUUUUUCCAUCACCAGCUGAAGGACAUCAUUGAGUAUGCAGAGCUGAAGACUGAUGUAUUCCAGAGCCUUAGAGAAGUGGGCAACGCUAUUCUGUUCUGCCUCCUCAUAGAGCAGGCCCUGUCCCAGGAAGAAGUUUGUGAUUUGCUGCAUGCUGCUCCCUUCCAAAAUAUUUUGCCCAGGGUCUACAUCAAAGAAGGAGAACGCUUGGAGGUACGCAUGAAGCGUCUCGAAGCCAAAUAUGCCCCACUUCACCUGGUUCCCUUAAUAGAGAGGCUGGGAACUCCUCAGCAAAUAGCCAUUGCUCGGGAGGGUGACUUGCUGACCAAGGAGCGGCUGUGCUGCGGGCUCUCCAUGUUCGAGGUGAUCCUGACGCGCAUUCGCAGCUACCUGCAGGACCCAAUCUGGCGUGGACCUCCCCCUACCAACGGGGUCAUGCACGUGGAUGAGUGCGUUGAGUUCCACCGGCUCUGGAGUGCCAUGCAGUUCGUGUACUGCAUCCCCGUGGGGACAAACGAGUUCACUGCAGAGCAGUGCUUUGGAGACGGUUUGAACUGGGCAGGCUGCUCCGUCAUUGUUCUCCUCGGGCAGCAGCGGCGCUUCGACCUCUUUGACUUCUGUUACCAUCUGCUGAAGGUGCAGAGGCAGGAUGGGAAGGAUGAAAUCAUCAAGAACGUGCCCCUGAAGAAGAUGGCUGACCGCAUCAGGAAGUAUCAGAUUCUGAACAACGAGAUUUUCGCCAUCCUGAACAAGUACAUGAAGUCGGUGGAAACAGACAGCUCCACGGUUGAGCACGUGCGCUGCUUCCAGCCCCCCAUCCACCAGUCCCUGGCUACCACUUGCUAAGCAGCAAGUGCUAGUGUGGAUAUUAAACCCCUUUGGGAUUAGGGAGGAAGAGUGACUGGAUCAGAACAAGAACUGGGAAGGGGAAACUUGACAAUGUGGCUCUGGCAACAAGAGAGAUUGGGUACACCCGAUACACACAUCUUCCUAUCUGGCCCUGUUUGAGUGCAUGUGCUGUAGCAUCCCUGUGGUUGGCUUUACCUGUAGCUUUGAGACUGGGUGUGGGAGGGGGGCAGGAUGUGCUUUUCUUCCAUGCAGUGGGUUGGGUUUUUUGUUUUUGUUUUUCUGUGAUACGUCCAGUCGAACCCAAAACUCUGAAGCCAUAUUAGAGUCCCAGGUGUCGGGUUCCAGUCACGAGCUGAUUGUUUCAGAGGGCCAGAAGCCAUCUCCCACUGCCGGUGCGGCGAGGCAAGUGGAACUUCCCCUGUGAUGCAUGACAGCGGCAGGAGGGUUUGAAGACGUCCCUCAUUUGGUGAGGCACAAUAGCGGCACUUCUCACUUGGCAGCCCACAGAGGAAGAAGUCGCCUGACCAGAGAAAGGAAACCAAGUUGAUUCAGAGUUUGAGUCUAGCAUCACUGCCUACCUGGGGUUGGAGAUUUCCCCACUCUUUUCACCAUGUCUGCAUUUCAGAGAGGUGGGAGACAAGAUACCACCCUGGUGGUUUCCCACUCCAUACCAUAUCCCCACUACUAAUUAAAAAGAGGUGCCCCCUGAAGCUAUAUCCACCAGGGAGUAAACAAUGAAAUCUCCUAAUGAAUGCUGUGUGCUGCAUUUACCUGAAAAUCCCACUCGCUAUAUUCCUGGGGUGGGAGGAGGAAUCCAUGAUCCUGGCAGCCCGGCUUACCUCCAGAAUGUACAUGGACUUUGUUUUUUAGCCAAGGAUCAAAUGUCCACAUUCGACAAUGAGCUGGAAGCUACAAUUUGUGUCCAUUCUUGAGUGACGGUUUUCUUUGUUUCAAAUGAGUUCCUCCAGUACAUAUGCCUACAGGGCAUGGAGAGUUCCUGUCGGGGUGAACGGAAACCCUAUUACACAGAAACAGCGGGAUCCUUUACAGCAAAGGAAAUGAAAUAAGCAUCAGAAAGGAGACGAAUAUAGUACUCAGAUGGUUCUACAAAGGAAAUACAGGAUUCUGUUUCCUUCUGACUCUUAAACAUUGUCCAAGAUCCUGUGAGAUUAAAAGAACCUAGCUGAAACAUCAAGGAACAUUUCAGAACUCAUUGUCUUCCCUUCUUCCCAACAUCAACUUCUUUGAAGUGAGAUGAAGGGUCUUGUUUGAUGUGGCAAAAGCUAAGGGGCCAGAUCCGGAUCUCAUCUAUACAGGGGUAAACGUGGAGUAAUCCCAUGGACUUCAGUGAAGUCACUCCAGAUUUACACAGAUAUAGAUGAGAUCAGAACCUGCCCUCUCCUCACCUCUCCUAAUCCACCCUGGCCUCACCCUGAGAAAGUUUUAAUUUCUUGAUUUUAUUUAGGUUAAAUCAGACCUUUGCCAUUAUGUAAUACAGCCAUGUUAAUGCACUGUAUGUCAACAUAACCCAGACACUCUGUUCAGGUUUCAGAGUAACAGCCGUGUUAGUCUGUAUCCGCAAAAAGAAGAACAGGAGUACUUGUGGCACCUUAGAAACUAACAAAUUUAUUAGAGCAUAAGCUUUCGUGGACUACAGCCCACUUCUUCGGAUGCAUAUAGAAUGGAACAUAUAUUGAGGAGAUAUAUAUACACACAUACAGAGAGCAUAAACAGGUGGGAGUUGUCUUACCAACUCUGAGAGGCCAAUUAAUUAAGAGAAAAAAAACUUUUGAAGUGAUAAUCAAGCUAGCCUAGUACAGACAGUUUGAUAAUAAGUGUGAGAGUACUUACAAGGGGAGAUAGAGUCAAUGUUUGUAAUGGCUCAGCCAUUCUCUGUUCAGCUUAUUUAGGACAAUGCAGUGCUCUCACAAAUGCCGGGAAGCCAGAGACAGUGGGCAAUUACUCUGUCUGAGGGAACAGAAAGUAGAUCAGUUGAAGAGGUGUCCCGACUGGACCAUUCUGUCUUUGAGACCAGCAGCAAGCUCAAUAUUGUUGGCUAGAGGUGAAUUUCUGAUGGGAGAUGCCUUUGUUCUCCCAGAGACCUACCUCUGUUUCCCUGGUAACCAGUGACUAUCCCCCUCAAGCGCUGCUGGGCAUAUUUGCCACCUUGAGUUUCCUUUGGUUGCUGAGGCAGCUGUUUAAGCUACAAAAAGAAAUCUCUGGUGCAUUUUAAUCUGAAACUAACAUGAAGGCUGAGGGAGAAGAUCAUCUCAAACCAUUGACUAAGGCAGGGAAAGACUUGAGACUGAGAGGCGGGGAUUCUUUUCCAUCCCAUCUGGAGGAAGAACAGAAUGUUCAAGGACACAAACAUUGAAAGGUUCUGCUUUAUAUAUGAUGUAUGCUCCUCUGCUAAGGAUGAAAGGCCUGGUUCCUGCUCUGUUACACCACUUUUCGCCGGAUGUUACUAUACUGAAGUCAGUGGACCUACAUAAGUGUAAAAAAACUGGGUUAGCAGAGUGGGGGCAUCAGGUAUGUUAUUUUUGUGGGUGUGUGAAAUGAGAUGACAGAAAAGAUCCUAAAUGGUAUUUUUUAUUGGGCUAAAGGGGUUCUCAAACUUCAUUGCACCAUGACACCCUUCUGACAACAAAGUUACUACAUGACCCCGGGAGUGGGGUGGAGCCUCCCGCCACCUUGGGUGGGGGAAGAGAGGGCCACAGUCUGAAUCCCGCUGCCUCAGGUGGGGGGGAGGGGGCCACAGUCUGAGUCCCGCUGCCUCAGGUGGGGGGAGAGGGGCUGCAGCCUGAGCCCCCCAAGUGCGGGGAGAGCUCAGGCUUCAGCCCUGGGUCCAGGGAGUCUAAUGCUGGCCCUAGCAACCCCAUUAAAAUGGGGUCGCAACCCCCACUUUGGAGUCCCAACCCACAGUUUGAGAACCACUAGGCUAAACAGUUGUUUUGUUAUUUUGGUAUGAAGUGUCCCUGAACUGAAAGCAUAGGUUCCUAUACACAAUGAGGAGUCUUGUGGCAUCUUAAAGACUAACACAUUUGUUAGCCCACGAAAGCUUUUGCUCUGUGACCCACUUCUUCAGAUGUGUGGAGUGAAAAUGACAGUAGGCAGGCAAAAAGUAUACAGCACAAGAAAAGAUGGGAGUUGCCUUACCAAGUGGGGUCAUCUGAAGAAGAAGUGGGUCACAGCCCACGAAAGCUUAUGUUCAAAUAAAUUUGUUAGUCUUUAAGGUACCACAAGACUUCUCGUUUUGGCUACCCCUCUGAAACUAGGUUCCUAUACGGCCCUCAGAGCACCAUCUGGGCACCACAUAAAUGAAAUAUCCAGCCCCUCCAGACACUUUUACAGAAUGUCGCGGUUGUGGCCAGGCCCGCCGACCGGGGGUGGGGGGGGGGCGUAAAGGGGGCAAUUGCCAUGGGGCCCAAGUGAUUUAAAAGGGCCCAGGGGCCCCUGGCCACUGCAACAGUAGUGGCGGCAGCAGUCAGGGGCCACCUGCAGGGCUCCUAGGUGCGCAGGACCGCUCUAGGCCCCGCAUUUUGAGGGGCCCCACGGGCCAACUCGAUUGGCCAGCGCAGGCAGUCCCGAAAGUGACGAAUUCGUCACUUCCACCCCGGGCUCCGCCUCCGAUGGGACGGCCCUGGCCCUGGCCCUGGCCCUGGGGCCGGGAAUUUCUGUCGGCGGGCCUGGUUGUGGCACAAAACACUACACGCUUAAUACAUAAGGGUGAAGUGUACCACACGGCCUGGCUCCAGCAGCUAGACGCAAUCGGCUCUACGCAGUUAAAGCCUGUCUGCCAGCGCUUAGGCUCUGAAUGAGUUGUGGUGUAUUUCACCACGUAUGAACAGCAGCUUGCGAAAUGGAAUGUUCUUUUGCUGUUGAUUUAGGGGAUUAAUUCCUGAGGCCUAGAAAGCACAGUAGGAUGAGCUGAAAUGGAAUGCAGAGACCAAUAUACGUGUGUGUUGUCCAUGAACGGGGAAUUUGCUUGAACAAAAUGACCUCCCCACCCUUCUCAGGGAGGGGAUCAAAAAUUAUGAGCAGGAAACCAAAGCCUUAUGAUCAAAACAGAGUAUAUUUCAGCUGUAGGGUUUAUGUGGGUGUUUUACCCUGUUGCUCAAGUGAUGUGGGAUGGCAGCGAGGGCUCAGUCAUACAACUUUUAUUCAUGCAACUUGAUUUCAAUACCCUUUUCUACCAAAAAGAUGCAAGUCAGUUGUGUAGAUCUUGGCUCCAGUUCUCAAAUCUUCCUUUACUGCAUGUUAGUAAGAAGGGUUUCAAGAUUGGGCCCAUAAGCCAUUGAAUGAACUGGACAACCUUUUCUUUUUUGCUUGUUCUUUUUAAUCUAAUCAUCUUUCAUGGAAUUAAGGUGCAAAUUAUUAACAGUGAGGGUAAUUAACCACGGGAACAGAUUACCAAAGGGUGUGGUAAAUCCUCCAGCACUUGGGGUAUGUCUACCCUGCAGUGUAAGCCCAGGGUUUGAACUCCGGUUCAAGCCUAACCCUCCUACCAUCUACACACAAAUUGUGCUAACCCUGGGCUUGGAACAAGGGCCCCAUGGACUCAUGCUCGGGUAGCCACCAAAAGUAUCCCACAAUCCCAUGGGCUAACUUUCUAUGUCUUCUGGACAGUCAGGUUUCUCCACUCUGCACCACAAAGGGCUAGAGCAGCCAUAUUUGCGGGAGGGGAGGGGGGGGAACUAGCAAGUCUGGGAUAUGGGUGGUUGGACUCAGGUCUGCAUAGUGCAGUGUAGAUGCUGGCCUCCAGAUUGAGAGCCGGGGUUCAACAAUUCCUAACCAGGAGUUACAAAUGAGUGUAGACUCUCAAGGCCUAGGUUAACAAACACAUGUUCUGCUCACCGAAGUUCUACUAACCCUGGGCUUACAUUGCAGUGUAGACGAACCCUCAGAGUCUUUAAAUCAAGACUGGAUAUAUGUCUUCCUUAUACGCACACAGAAGAUGUUGGGUUUGAUGCAGCAGUUAGUGGAUAAAAUGUUGUGGCUUGAGUUAUGCAGGAGGUCAGACUAGAUUAUCAUAAUGAUCCCUUCAAGCCUAAAAAAUCUAUGAAAUGUGAGUAUUUGCAGUGCACAGCCACAUUCCUUGAUGACGAUGUACUUGAUUUUGAGCAGUCCAGUAGAAAAGGGGAAAUCAAACCAACUCAAACUCUGUACUUCAAUCACAUUCUUUUCUCCAGCAACACUUGUUAGGAGCGGUGAACACCACUCUAGUCCUUUUUCUCCUGUAUUAUCCCAGUUCCGUUGGUUUAUGUGUUUGUGAACCAGAGCAAAACUUUGUUCUUGAAAGUGUAAAAAAAAAAAAGUUUGCAAGAACACUUGUCCAAUGUACCAUAUUUGUACGAAGAGCUGCUUGGGGUUUUUUGUACAAUGAAUUUAAAUUUAUUUAUGGUGAAGUAUAUUUCUGCUCGUGAUUGAAUAUGGUGUUAAAUUCAUGAAUCAUUUUUGCUGUGCAGCGGAGAUGAUGUUUUGUAUUUUUUUGUUGUUCCUAUGUUGAUCAACAGAAGCUUCCAUCUCUAUUAAAAAUGCUUCUGUGAUGAUAAA